AUGUCCAAGCGCGCGCUCAUCGUUCUCACCUCCCACGCCAAACUGGGGGAAACCGACAAACCGACCGGGUUCUAUUGGGAGGAAUUGGCCGUUCCCUACUGGCGCUUGCGGGAUGCCGGGCUGACGGUGGAUCUGGCCAGCCUCGCCGGGGGCGCGGCGCCGGCCGAUCCCGGUUCGGAAGCGGAAGAAGGCCGACCCGCAGCGGUUCAGCGCUUCCUGGAUGACGCCGACGCGAUGGCACAGCGGCAGGCGACCCUGGCGAUCGCCGAUGUCGACCCAACGGCCUACGAUCUGAUCUUCCUGCCCGGCGGACACGGUACGAUGUGGGACUUCGCCCAGAGCGCUCGGCUUGGGGCGGUCGUUGCCCAGGCCUACGAGGCCGGCGCCGUGGUGGGCGCCGUCUGUCACGGCCCCGCCGGACUGGUCGGCGCCCGGCUGUCGGACGGUAGACCACUGGUCGCGGGCAAGCGCGUCAACAGCUUCACCGACGCGGAGGAAGAGGCGGUCGGGUUGACCAAGGUCGUGCCCUUCCUGCUGGAAAGCAGACUUCGCGAGCUUGGCGGACUCUUCGAGGGCAACGCCGAGAAUUUUCAGGCACACGCCGUUCGCGACGAACGGCUGGUCACGGGGCAGAACCCGCAGUCGUCCGAGCGGGUGGCAAGCUUGCUUCUGCAGGCUCUCGCGGAGGGGCGGGCCGCCGCCUGA